AUGGCAGCCAGCGGCACAGCUGUGACUGUCCUGACUCCAAAUGGGAGACGACAAACUGUGAAAGUGUCUCCUAACACACCGCUGCUGCAGGUGCUGGAGGAUGUCUGCAAAAAGCACGGCUUUAGCUCCGACGAUCACGGGCUGAAAUUUCAGAGGACGGUUCUGGAUCUAACGCUACAAUGGAGAUUUGCCAACCUGCCCAACAAUGCUAAACUUGAAAUUGUGCCAAGUACAAGGAAAACGGGGGCAGCUGACAGCCAGGUGAGAAUCGCUCUGCAGAUGGAGGACGGCUCUCGUUUGCAGGGCUCUUUCUCAUCUGGACAGACUCUGUGGGAACUCCUUACACACUUCCCUGAGACCAGUGUGCUGCAGCUGUCUGAGUCAGGAGCUGUCCCUGUCUGCGUUUACAUGAGAGAUGAGGUGGUUGGAGAAGAUGCUCUUAAAAAUGCCACUCUGAAGUCUCUUGGUCUCGCAGGAGGAAGUGCCAUCGUAAGGUUUUUGAUCAAGAGAGCCCAAGCACAGAACGGUGAGAAGGUCGAUGAGAAGGUCGUUGAGCCAGCUGCUGUAGCACCUGAAUCUGUCGCCGUUGACAACACGCUUUGUCCAGUGCGUCCUGAAAGAGUAACUCCAGACGUGGCACCCUCCAGCACAGACAAAUCCACGGCUCACUCACCCAUGGCAAAAUCACCCACGGCAAACUUUCCUUCAGCAGUCACACCUACAACAAACUCACCCGCACUAAAGACUGAGGACUCGACACAUUCAACCUGUUCUAUCCCUGAGCAACAAGACAAAGCUGAGAACCCCCAGGAUGCACUGCGGCUCAAAGAGUCUGAGUCUGAAACGACUGAGGUGCCUUGUUGCUCUUCCUCCCUCUCUACCCCACCUGCCCCUUUCAUCCCAUUCUCUGGAGGUGGGCAGAGACUGGGUGGUCCGGGUGUGGUUUCGUCCGUCCGACCAUCACUGUUUGGACCGGCCUCAGUAGAUUCUCCCAAAGCCAAGAAACCAAAGUCGUCAAACAAGCCCGCUGUCCCGUAUGAUGAAGACAUGAACCAGGAAGGACAAUAUCUGGAGCCGGUGGAGAGGGAUUCGCUUGUGUACCAUAUGGAUGGUCAGUUACACCAUUCCAAUGACACAGAGCUGCCUGAUGAAUUCUUUGAGGUCACAGUCGACGAUAUCCGGAAACGGUUCGCCCAGCUCAAGAGUGAGAGGAAGGUCCUAGAGGAGGCUCCUCUGAUGACUAAAGCUCUAAGAGAAGCGCAGAUGAGGGAGAAGAUGCAGCGGUAUCCAAAAGUGGUCCUGAGGAUCCAGUUCCCAGACAGACACGUUCUCCAGGGCUUCUUCAGGCCGAUCGAGACAGUGGGAGCCCUCAGGCAGUUUGUCAGGAGUCACUUGGAGGAUCCGCAACUUUCAUUCUAUUUGUUUAUAACACCGCCUAAAACCGUUUUGAAAGACCCCACAGUGACACUUUACCAGGCCGACCUGUUUCCUGGAGCACUAGUCUAUUUCGGGUCGGACGUGAAGACAGGUUUUUACUUGAAGACGGCGCUUCUCGACUCUUCUGUUUCUGCCUCACAAGCGAACGAGUCCAUCGCGAGCUUCCUUCCAUCACAAACUCCAUCCAGUAGCACUCAGGACCAAGAGGAGCCAGUGUCUUUGCCAGACCAGAGCAUGGACACCAGUGAGCAGUCUCCAGACGAUACACCCUGUCAGAAUCAGGCCCCGAAACCCAGACCUGAUCCAGGCAAGGUCCCCAAGUGGCUCAAACUUCCAGGUAAGAAAUAA